GCUGGAGACAACAAAACAUAACACAUAACUCAGAAGGGAAGCGUGUUCGUGAAAAUCUCACAUGUAGCUGCUCCUCUGCACAAAAGCCAAACGCAACACACAAAAAACGGAUAACACAAUACAAUUCUAGAGAGAGCAACUCAAACACAACACAGAAAGCCUCUCUCUCCGUCUCUCUCUCUCUCCCUCUCUCUCUCUCUCUCUCUCUCUCUAUAUAUAUAUAUAUAUAUAUGUCAAGUGCAAACUCAAAUCUCUCUCUGAGUUGAAGCAAAUUUUCUCAAGAAAUUAUGGGGAAGAAAAUUUGAAGUUAGAAAGAAAGAAGACUGCAGUUUCUCUUACUUAUCCUCCGAGCUGCCCAUUUUUGCUUCACAGCGAAAUGUGAAGGGAGUUUUGGCUUAAAAGUAAGAUUGUUUAUGUGAAUCUCGGUUUGAUAAGUGGUGCAAAAAUGAAUGAGAAUGGACAUAUGGAAGUGCAUUACCUAGACACCGGCUUUCCUUACACACCUACCGACGGCUUCAUGGGUUUCUUUGACGGUUUUUCUCAUGUACCGAUGAAUUAUGGUCACGCCAUGCCAAUGCAUGAUCAGGAAACUGCAUACUGGUCAAUGAACAUGAGUUCGUACAAGGCUUUACCAUCUGGUCCGGAGAGUACUUCUUAUUACGGUACUUAUGAGGUAAAUGAUCAUUUACCAAGCAUGGACGUCAGCAGGGGGAGUUGGGAAUACCCUUCAGUGAUGAAUGCAGAAGAGCCUGCAAACACCGACUCACAGCUAGAAGAAGAUGCUGCCAUGGAAGCGCAAGCUACACCUGAGGAAUGUAUUCCGAAUCAGCAAAAUACAAGUACUUCUGAGGUUGCAUGGCAAGAGGACAUUGAUCCUGAUAACAUGACCUAUGAGGAAUUACUUGACUUGGGUGAGGCAGUUGGCACUCAAAGCCGAGGUCUUUCCGACGAACUUAUUAGCUUGCUUCCAUUGUCAAAAUACAAGUGUGGAAACUUCUUUUUAAGGAAAAAAUCCGGAGAGAGGUGUGUGAUUUGCCAGAUGCAGUAUAAAAGAGGGGAUCGACAGAUCACAUUGCCAUGCAAACAUGUCUACCAUAGCGAAUGCAUCAGCAAAUGGCUCGGUAUCAACAAGGUAUGCCCAGUUUGCAACCUCGAGGUUUUCGGUGAGGAGUCAAGGCAUUAGAGCACCAAUUUGGAAAACAAAAAUUAGGCAAAAUCUAUGUCCAUUUCCUAGCUGAAGCUGAAAUUUUGCCUUGCUUCCCUUCCAUAUAGUUUGGUUAUUUUUUCUUUGCCUAAUGCCUAUACAGAGUAGUUAAAAACUAUGGUCCUCCUACCCUUUUAUCUCUUUCGUUUAACACGCUCUGGUGAAGUAGUCGAGAAAACAAGCCCCUUCUCUUUUCGUUUAACGCGCUCCGGUGAAGUACUAGAGAAAACAAACCCUAUAAUUCAACCUCCUAUAAGUGAAUAUAAGAUUCAGAUUAGAGAUUGUCAAAAAGUGCACCUUUUAGCCACUCUUUUAGCUUCUUGCAAAUCGGCAGACAAAUUUAUAUUGUGCGUAAAAUCACUUAUUCGUGUCGAAGCUCGAGGCAUGCUUCGGUUUAUUUCAGCUUGUGUUCUUGAAAUUGUUGUUAUAUCAGAUUCAUGUCAAUUUUAAUACUUGGCUAA